UUGAUUUAUUCCUUCAGGCAGAUGGAAAACUACACCUUCAACAGCCCCACACUCCAGCUGGAGGGGUUAAAUGUCUCAAAAGAAUAUGUCUACCCACUCUUUCUCUUCCUUUUUUCCUCUUUUCUGUUUAUAAUGGUAGGAAAUGUUGGCAUUGCUGUUCUUAUUUUCAUGGACAAAAACCUUCACCAGCCUAUGUAUCUACUUUUUUGCAACUUGUCAGUCAAUGACCUUCUUGGAAACUCUAUCAUGGUGCCACGUUUGCUUGUAGACAUGUUGCGUCCUCCCUCUGAACGCCUCAUCAAUUAUUAUGAAUGUGUGGUUCAAGCUUUCACCACACACAUGUUUGGUACCAAUGUUCACACAGUGCUCAUGAUUAUGGCCUUUGACAGAUAUGUGGCCAUCUGUAAUCCGCUGCGUUAUUCUGCCAUAAUGACCAACAACAUGUUAAUGAAGCUGACAGUUUCUGCCUGGGGAGUGGGUCUGUUGUUGGUUGGGAUUCUUCUUGGUCUGACUAUAAGACUGGACCGAUGCAGGAUUCAAAUCGGAAGUCCUUAUUGUGACAAUGCCUCACUGUUUAAACUCUCCUGUGAGAGUGUUUUUAUCAAUAAUAUCUAUGGUCUCACUUUCACUGUGGUCCUGUUCACCUCCUCUAUAGGCAGCAUGGUCCUCACCUAUACUAAGAUUACAGUAGUCUGUCUGACCAGUAAGAACAAGUCUUUGAACAGUAAAGCCUUGAAGACCUGCAGCACUCAUCUGGUUGUGUAUCUAAUAAUGCUGUUUAGUGGCAUGUCACUCAUCGCUCUGCAUCGUUUCCCUCAGUACUCAGACUACAGGAAACUUUGUAGCAUUUUAUUUUACAUCAUCCCCAGCAGUCUCAACCCCAUUAUUUAUGGUGUGCAGUCCAAAGAGAUAAGAAAAUUCUUGUCAAAGUAUUUUUGUAAAUUUAUGAAAACAAAUAAGGUGAACUAAAAGUGUUCUCCUGUGAUUUUGUAAUUGUCCCUUUAGCUUGUCACACUCUGUCCGAUAUGCUCACUGAGACAGAAGGAUUUGGAUAUCAUU